AUGCAGCAAUGGCGGAAAAAAAAAUUGUUUGAUCAAGCUUGUAACGGUCUGAGCUCUCACAGGCAGACACCUUCUCCUCAAAGUCCACUUUGUAAUCUUACUGUCUUUUUUUCCAAGAUGAACAGAGUUAUUCUCCAGCUUUUGGCAGUCGGAUUCUGCUUUGCAAUCGGCCAAGCUCUGCAGUGCUACGAUUGCAAACUGGGCCUGUGGAACCUGUGCUUAACAUCUAAAGUCACAUGUAAUAGCGGAGAGCGCUGCUUCAGCGGUGAAGGGGAAGCAGCCGGCUUCGUGAACAUCAAGAUGAAGGGCUGUCUAGCGGUGGCCGAGUGCAACAAGACCAAAGAGGUCAACUUUAACAGCGGAUCCAACUCCACCGUCUACUCCAUGACCAAGACGUGCUGCUCUACCGACCUGUGCAACGCCGCACCCGGUCUCCCCGGGGCCUCCGGGGUCAACCUGGCCUUCGCCUCUGUCGCUGCUCUGCUUCUGGCCAAUGUCCUGGUUUGACAGGAGACACAGUGAAUAAUGGAUGACACAAUACACACACAGACACAGACACAGACACACACACACACACACACACACACACACACACACACACACACACACACACGCACUACCAGGAUAAAAUCAAAUGCCCUCCUCAGACAUGAGCUCUGUGGUUUUGUAGCUACAGAGCUUGUUUUUUUUUUUCCUCCACAUGGGUCUUGUAUUUACUAUCCUUGAGGUGUAUUGUACUUUUUCAUUUCACACAAGUGUUCAUGUCAGUUAAAGUUCAAUUCCCUAUUUUUGUUUUUGUAUAUUUAGAUGUAUCAGCCUUCCUUUCACUAUAAGAGAAAUGAAAAUGUUGACAAUUUAAAGUCUAAAAUCCGCUGACAUGAUUUUAAUUGAUAACUGCAUUGCAAUUAACUUUAUCCACUUGAAUGAGUUGUAUAAAGUUUUUGUACAAGGCUGUGGGUGUGAACAGCAGAGUCAUGUUGGGUAUGUCACUGUAUGACAGUAAUUUUCCUGGGUUUGUUAGCGCCAUUGUGGCGUAAAGGAAUAGUUUGACACUUUGGAUAACAAGCUUAUUUGCUUUCCCCUGUCAAGAGUUGCAUUAGAAGAUUUCUACCUCUCCUCCUGUCUAUGUGGUAAACAUGAAGCUACAGCCAGGAAAUGGUUAGUUUAGCAUAAAUAGUGGAAACAGGGGGAAACAGCUAGCCUAGCUCUGUCUAAAGCUACUACUAGCACCUUUAAAUGUUAGCAACUAGCAUGCUUGGUCAGUGAAAUAAAAGACACAUGUAGUGUUUUUUUACACUCACACAUGUUGAGAGCUUUAGAGGAGCUGAUAUGUUUAUUUUGUUACCUUCAGUCAGAACCAGGCUAAGUGUUUCCCCCUAUUCCCAGUCUUUAUGCUAAGCUAAGCUAAUGGAGUUCUAGCUGUAGCUUCAUGUUCAUCCUACACACAUCAAAGUUGUAUUGAUUUUCUAAUCUGACUCUGACAGAGGGGGAGCAAGUUAAUUUCCCAAAUUAUCACACUAUUCUUUUAAGUUAUUGCCUUUUACCCACUGUAUUGUCCUUUAUAGAGUCAUAAUAUUCAAAUGCCAAUUUAUGAUUUCAAAGCCUCAAUCAUUUCUAUUCCUAUUCAUUUCAUUUAUCGCUGUUUGCUUUGCAUUCACUGUAUUAACCUGUAGCUAACAUAAUGUAAAUGGGCCCCUUGGCUUUUGUCCAUCUGUGAAAACAUGUUUUAUUGUUCCUGGUUUUACCUUCCUCUGUUUUUUGACUCCAGCAGCUCCAUUAAUUCUGAUUUUAACCUGUUAUAUUUUUGAUAUUGGUUUCAAAUCUACACUGCAUGUUACUCAUAAGCUGUAGGGUAGAAGCUUUUGUUUAUCUCACUAGUUUUUAAUGUAUAUACAAGGGAGAACGUGGUUUAAAUCGAUCGUGUUGCCUUUGGAGACGGUGAAACCAAUUUGAAAUUUGUCAAGGCCGGUCAUUGUCUCUAUUUCAGAUUGGCUUGGAUUUCCGCAUGAAUGAAAAAUAAGGAUGAAUUACUCCUACUGCUUCCUGUAACUGGUACUUUUGGCAUUACUUCCAAAAAGAAACUCUUAUUCCUGUCUGUUUUUUAAAGUUGGUUAUCUAGACAAUUUGAAGAAUGCAAUAAAUAUCCAAAGUGGGGGGAAACAA